CUUCACGUAGAAAGAGGCCUUCGACGACUCCCAAGCAAUUAAUGAGUGGCUGCCAUACAGAAAUAAACUCAUAGAUUUCCAGGUCUGCGGAUGCUUCCACCUGACUCAGACGUAGAACAAUUCCCUUCCCAAGUCCCGGAGAUCGAGAGAUGAGUCUCAACAGCGAGCAAAACGAAGAAGGAGAUCGAAGCUUCAUGUUGGACGUCGCCCGGCAUCAGGUGCGAGGCGGCAGCGAGCACCCCGUCUUCGCACCUCAUCCCGAUCCCAGGGACCCGACUCCGACAGCGAGAAUUGGCAGCUCGAUCGAAGCACCGGAGAAGAAGCUGACGCUCUUCGCCUUCCGCCUCGGGAUUCUAGAGAAGUCGGCAAGCGGUCUCGGCACGCUAGCCUUCGUCUGGGCCACCGUCGUCCUCCUCGGCGGCUUCUCCUCGGCGCUCGUGAGGAAGGACUUCGUGAUCGUGACCGUGCUUCUCGUCACCGAGAGCACCAGAAUCUUCGGCCGCAGCCACGAGCUGGAGUGGCAGCAUCAGGCGGCCUGGACGACGCCGGAAGGUGCAGGAAGGUCCAGCUUCCGCGUCGUCGAGGACGUCGAUGGCCGACGAACGUGGCGCUCUCGUGACGUUCCCCUGCUUCCUUUCGCUGGCUGGAUCUUCGUGUCGAAGAACCUCAGCAGGGGCCUCUCAUGGCUUCAGCUCUCGUCCGCCCUCGCCUGCGUGGUGCUCUCCUUGAUGCGCCUCAUUCAGCAGGACUACGGCGAGGUAGUCGGGCGAGAUCGCAGGAACCUGAGCCCAGCUCUCAAUCUCUUCUACGGACUGGCGCUCGCGGAGGCGCUCAUCUUCCUGAUGGAGAAGGCAUACUGGUCAUGGAGGAUCUCAUUCUACAAGUUGCUGGAGAAGGUCAGCCGAGAGUGUGAUCUCGGAGAAGUCUCCAUCAGGCGCUUCUUCUACGACACCUACUCCAAGUGCAUCGAAGGCAGCGUCUUCGACGGCCUCAAGAUGAACCUAGUGACCUUCGCCAAGGAACUUCUGGUCUCUGAGCUCCGCGACGAGCAGCUCAUUGGCGUCCGAGUCCUGCACAAGCUCGCCACCAUCGACCGCUUCUCCCUCGACACGCUCAGGAAGAUCGGCAGCUCGACGCGGACGAUCGAGAGGCUCGUGGAGAUGCUGAACUGGAAGAACACGGGCGAAGAGGAAGAGAUCAGGAUGCGUGCGGCGGAGAUCGUGUCGAAGCUUGCAGAGAAGAGGAGGAACGUGCUUCGAGUUGCUGCAAUUCCAGGAGCCAUGGAGGCGCUGUCAUCGUUGCUCGUCGUCGAUGACUCCUCGGACUUCAAUCUGCUGGGACUGUCCAUCCUCGAGAAGCUGGCAUCAGACCACGAGGACUGUUGGAAGAUUGGCAAUACCAGAGAUCUGCUGCCAAAGAUCAUCGACCUCACCAGUGCGAGGAAAACGCUGCUUAGGAAUGAUCAUGCAGCAGAGUCCCAGAUCAGAACGGUGAUGAGUUCGCUGCAAGUGCUGAAGAAGCUGGUGAGCACGACCGGAUACAUCGGCCAAAUUCUACGACAGGAAGUCUCUGAGAUCGUGUUCACGGUGAGCAACAUAAGGGAGAUCCUGCAGCACGGAGAGAGCCACAUGGUUCUGCAAAAGCUGGGAAUCGAGAUCCUAAAAAGCCUCGCCAUGGACGAGAGCGCAAGGGAGAAGAUUGGAAGCACAGGUGGAGUCAUCAAGCUGCUCCUGUCGAUCUUCUUCGAGCCAGGAUUCACCGAGGCUGAGAACUCGCUCAGAGAUGAAGCGGGAGAGGCGCUGGCGAUGCUGACAUUGGAAAGCAAGAAGAACUGCGAUCGGAUCGUGAAGGAGCCGGAGGUGGAUAGGCUCAUGGAAGCACUGACCGAUGCUGUUCUUCAGAUAAAUGCUUCGAGGAUUCUGCGCAAUUUGUGUGCCUACGGCGGAGCCGAAUGCUCUCAUCGGCUAUCGGGGAUUACUGCUGCCAUGCCCACUGUUUUGAAAGUGAUUAUGGAGGCAAAAGAGAGAUUACUAGAGGCAUCGAUUGAUCUAACCACAGAGAUCUGCAAAUUCCUGGAUCCUGAUGAAUUUGCUGAAUUCCUCAAGAAAGCUGCCAUUGAAGAAACUGAUCUUGUAGUGAAGCUUGUGCAAGUGCUGAAAGAAUACAGAUAUCCGGAAAUCAGGGUUCCAGGAAUGAGGAGAUUUGUGAUUGAACAAGCUAUUUGGAUGAUGAGAUCCAACAGAAACAGUAUCCAGCUCUUCGAGCAAUUGGAGAUGGAGAGGUUAUUGAAGGCUGUAGCAGAGACCACAUCCGAGCUCGAGUGCUUCCACAUUUUCUCCGGCGGUGUUGGACUGAGCAGGCACAGUAAAACCUUGUCAUCUCUUGUAGAAACAGCAUUGCACCUAAUGACAGCAGAAGAUUGAAACAAGUUAAG